CUUAGUUUAUUGAUCACCAUGCGCAGUUCGUUGUUGGUCCUUAGUUUAUUGCUUUGCUCCUCCUUGGGCACUGCCACUCUCUUCGAUGAUGAUCUGCGUGAGCUAACCGAGUUCCUUCGCCUGCAGAUGCAAUGUGGAUAUCCAGAUCGUGGCAUACCGAUCUUGGCUCCAGCUCAGGCGGCUUUUAAGCCCAUUGACAUCAACACAGAUAGUCUGCGUUGUCAGGGCAAUUUUACGGAUCUCUCGAUUGUUGGUCUAGAUGGUUUCGAGUUCUUCCAACUGCAGUGGAGCAAUAUCCGGCACACCAUCAAGUUUGACAUGACUUUUCCUCGCAUUCAAAUAAGCAGCUCUAACUAUAAGCUGUAUAUUUUAUCGCGUCUCUUUGGCUCCGAUAUGUCCUUGUGGGGUGAUGGUGUGUUCGACGUCGAAUUGACUGAUCUGCGUGCCAAUGGCAGCUUUAUCAUUCGUCCUGCCGCAAUUACGCAUAGCACUUACAUCAAAAGCUGGAAGGUGGAUUGGCAACUCGGCAAAGCUUCAUCUCGCAUCACAGGCAUCUUGGGAAAAUCCCAAAUUGUUUCUAAGAUGUUCAAUAAAAUUAUCGAAGAUUUCCUCGAGUUGCUGAUCAAUGAUAAUCCCACUGAGAUUUCGGAGAUAAUGGAGCAACUGAUCGUACCUCCUAUGAAUGCAGUGCUUGACAAUGUUGCUUGGUAUGAGAUAACUGCUAUUAUUCUGGGCCUUGUCAAGGGCAUAAUUCCCGUUGAACCUAUCUGUUAAGGGCGCUGUCAACAUCUAAUCUAAUGUUCGUUUGUUAUCAAUAAAUUGUUCAACUAUUCAUAUAAGUUCAA